UUCUUUUCCAAUGGCUGCCAGGAGACGGACAAUUACCAUGCUGCCAUGCAGAGGAUGGCGGAUGAUAUCUUGUCCCUGCGCCAGCACGUCACCAGCCUAGAGUCUGAGAACAGCACCCUGCGACGCAACCUUGCCAUGCAUGAAGAUGUGGGCCGCGUCCUGUUUCACGACAUAGACCCUGACGUCAUGACAAAGACCGAAAUCAUUGACAGGAUAUUAACCCUCAAGCAGAAACUAAGUGCUGGGGCUCGGGAGAUGGCCAGAAUGAAGGACCGGGUUCAAAGGCUGCAGAACGAACUGAUUCGGAAAAAUGACCGAGAAAAAGACCUCGUGAUGCUGCAACGAGCUCACCAGCAACAGCAAAUGGUGCUGAGGAAAUACCAGGCCAAGGUCGCCAAGAUGCAAUCUCUGGAAGAUGCGGUGAAGAAACAGGAAAAGGUGAUUGAGAGGAUGGAGAGGAUGCUGGAAGGGAAGAUGAAGGAGCAGUCAAAAGAGGACACCCAUUUUUCAGACACAUCUCUCGGCUCAGUUCCAGGUGACAACUGGUCCAAGGGUCUCUACUCCACCUUGAUGAUGGAGAACAUGAGGCUGCGAGACGAACUGGGCAAGUCCUCCUCCUUUCGUUCCCCUAUCAUAUUGCAGCAGCAAGCACUGCCGGAUACAUUUUCCAACAGCAACGAAAAGCUCUCUUUGAUUUCAAAACUGGAGAGGGCAGAGGCUCGUAUCAAUGCUUUGGAGUACCAGCUGGAGGAGUCUUCCAGGAAAUGGGGGCGAGAGAAGCAGGACUACAGCACCCGACUUCUGGAGCGCGAUCUUGGGUUGGACCUGUCACCAACCCCUCUACUCUUAGGGGACACAUUGCUGCACACAAAUAAUUCCACUGGAAACAGAAAUAGGGGCAGAAAUUCCUGUAAUCUGCUUGUUCACCUGAGGUCAGGAAAGUAUAUAUGCUGUAUUUGCAUAUAUCUUUUUUCAGUCCACAAACAUUAGAUACAUAAUUACAUUAUUUCCUGCAUUGUUUUUGACGUUAUCCUUCCACUGAAAUUAAUGACAUAAGCUUCAGCCAUAGUGGAUAGUAAGACGAAAAGCAUUAAGUUUUUGCAGAAGCUGAACUGCAGCAGAAUGGAAACCACACCGAUUGCAACAAAACCAGGAUGGGACCGAAACUGCUGCCUCCUUGCAUCCCUACAUCUGGCCAAUAAGAGCCACGAGGGAGCUCUGGUGUCUUCUGGACCUUGGAAACUGCAUCCCUUCAAAAGGGAAAGUAGAGAGGGAGUUAGGGUUUCAUCUGUGCACAACUCCACCCACCCCCAAAGUUCAGCCUACACUUAGCUUGGAAAGUUCUAGUAUGUCUCUAGCUCAUCAGUGUGCUCCCUUACCCACUCACAGGAUGAGAAGGAAGGGAGAGGAGAUGAAGAGCAGAAGAACGCAAAGAUAUAUGGAGUGAGGGCAAGCGCCCCAAAGUAGCCCAGUGCAAGGUCGGCUCCAUUAUAGAAGACUCAUCCAAAUUAGCAAACUCAGCUCAAGAAGCGUCGGAGCCUUCGUCCUUUGUGCAAC